ACCGCCAGGUGGCAUUCUUCUGCGUUUCGUUCGUCAUCAUCACACAGUCCCCUCUGUAAGAUUGAUUUUAAUGUUCUGGCUCUCCCGUCAAAAAUGGCGAACCGUUGCUUUCUCCCUCGUUCUUAUUCUCUGUGUAUAUCAGUUUGAAUCUUCAUCUCCUUUUCUCUGCUCCUGUCGUCGACGUUCUCGUCCUUCGCGCUUACGCCUUCGGCAAGAUGCCAAUGGAAAGGUCGUACAGCAAUGCAAGAAUGGCCAAUAGUUUCAUGUACUGGAAUGAUUGUGUUGACCCAGAUGAUUUAGAAGCAAUGUGGAUGGAUCCUGCGGUGAGAGCUGAAUGGUUAGAGGUUGGGGAAACUAAAGGGCAGAAGGUUCAUCUCUCAAGGGAUCCUGAUGGUCAGCCUUAUCUGACUCAGACUGAGAUGAAAGCUGUUGCUGAUAUUACUGUCCGGAGACAUUUUGAUUCAAUACUGGAUCCGGAAAUGAUAUGCGCAAUUGCGGAGCUUGAAAGUGACCGGAAGCCUCUCAUUAUGCGGUACAACAAAAAGACCAAGGAAACUGGCUUAGGGAUGUUACAAGUUUUUGCAAAGACAGCAGAGUGGUUGGCUGGAGGACAAGGUUAUCAGGAAUAUAAUGUGGAUGAAAAUCCUGAUCUUCUUCACAAGCCAUUUAUAAAUGUAUAUUUUGGGGCGGCUUACCUGAAAUGGUUGACAGACUAUCAGAAUAAUCAGAGAAGUGAAGAGUUUGUUGUAAGAGCAUAUAAUGGAGGGACAAAAAAGGCGACUCACAAAUCUACACUGCCAUAUUGGAAAAGAUACCUUGUAGUGAAAGAGGCUCUCCCUUCAAGAAAACAUGUCGAUGCUGGUCCUUCAAGCUUUCAUCCUACUAAUCCCACUUCACCAGGCUCAAACACCAACUUCACAUACUGGGACUCUAGAGCUUCCCCUGAAGAUAUGGAAGAUAUGUGGAAUCAUCCCGAAGUAUGUAAAGAGUGGACAAAAUCCAAAGAAGAAAGGGGAAAGGUUCGUUUCUCACAAGAUAGUGAAAAGAGGCCUUACCUUUCUCGAGGGGAAAUGAAGGCUGUUGCAGAGAUUAUCGUUUCAGAGUACUUCAGCACAAAAGGAAUUAAAGUUCCUCUUGUUUGCGCUGUUGCUGAUACUGUGAGCAUGAGGUUUGUGAACGGUACUGGGAAGAAGGUGGGAAUUCUCGGAGUGGACUACAAUACUGCUGCCUGGUUAAACACGGAGCUUGGAUACCGAGCAUACAGAGUCGAUUCAGCAGACGAUCUAACCAAACCAUUUGUUUCUAUGUACUUCGGCGUAGCCUAUUUGGUUUGGUUAUCCGAGUACGAAGGACGGGAAAGGAGUAAUCAGUUCAUUAUCCAAGCUUAUAUCAAAGGUCCUGAGCACGUCGAUCUUGAGGCAUCAUCAUGUCCACUCUGGCUCAAGUUCGAACAAGCUCUGAGUUACUAUGAGGAGCCCAAGAGGGAUCAGGGAGGCUGCAUUAUCCUAUGAGACCACCGUCUAAUACAUACACAUAUGAUGAAAGAUUAAGGGUGUAUAGCCUGGAUUUGCGUUUGGCACUCAACAUUUCUUUUCUGCUGUUUCGUUGCUUAUAUUUUUUUCGUCCUUUCUAAUUCUUUGUCCUUGAUUGUUUUGUAUGUGAAUGACUGAUUAACAUUUAACAGCGUUAUAUAUAUCAAACGAAUGACUGGCUAAA